AUGGUUGGUGACCGCUGGUGUGGAAAACUCACACAUUUUCCAGAAACUUUAAAGAGGUUCUUCACACUCUCAGGUCUCGUUUACAAAGAUAGUUAUUUAGGGAGCCACAAUCUCUCCAAAGAAUCGUUUCAGGGUGUAGAUCAGCAUUUGCUGUCCUGCCUCUGGUCACUCUGCAAACCCUUCCCUGUCCCCUCCAGCAUCAUGUACUUUCUGCACACCAUCGUAGAAGAUGAUGAAUCUGAGAUGUUCCUGCAGAGAUCCUUGCUUGGGCAAGAGGAACUGGCUCAAUCUACACCUCAAGCAGUCAGAGGGUCCCAGCGUUUGGCGAGCUCUGUGGCCUGUGAGACUGGCUCAACCCCCUCAGAGGAACGGCAGAGCACAGGUAAGCCACAGAGACGAGGCAGCCGUCACUCCCUCCCAGAUUUGGCUACGGUGGCCUUGAGGGUCCAAGCUGAUCUGAGAAAACAGUAUGAGGAACCGGUUCAGAGACGGAGCUCCUCAACACAGAGAACAUCCGGAGGCUUUUCAGGGACGGCUUCCCCACCCACAGCACGAAGGGCGUCCAGGAGUCGCUCGGUGGGACGGCUAUCUGGACCUGUAGAAAGGAACAAUGAUGAAUCAAAGGAUGAUUUUCCUGCCCCUCAGUGGGUGAUCAACCUGAUGAUUGACAUUGAAGAAGCCACCCAGCACGAGCUGACUGUGGAGUGAAGACCACGUGGAUGAAAAGAAGGGAAUAUUUUUAAUAAAUAAAUAAAUAAAUAAAGGCCAAUCCAGGCCUUGACUUUCACA